AUGAACCCUUGGAUCCUUGCCAGCCUGGCAGCCUGCUUUUUGGGGGCCUGGGUCCCUCCCAUCCACACCCAAGGGUCCUUUGAAGACUGCUGUCUGGGUUACUACCCCAAACCCAAGUUGGCUGUGCUCCGUCGCGCCAGGUUUUUCCGGAUCCAGGAGGUGAGCGGCAGCUGCAACCUGUUUGCCAUCAUAUUCUACUUCCACCAACCAGGUAAAACGGUGUGCGGGAACCCACGGGACAUCAGGGUACAGAAGGCAAUGAGAUGGGUAAAUCCUAGGCUCAAGGUCUCCCAGAGGUCUGACAACCGGCUAACCAUCCAAGACUCUCAGGCUGGGAGGAAGAAACCGAAUACUUCAAAAUCCCGGCGACCAUCGUCCAGGCCGAAGCAUCUCAGCAGCAACAAUAGCAGCAGCAGCAGCAGCAGCAACAAAAGAAAUGCUUCCCUAAACUGAUCCAGCCCCCAAGGCCACUGCAGUCCCACCUCUAAUCCCUCCUGCAGGGCCG